AUGCCCUCAGCCGUUCCCAGUCUGUCUGUGGCCUCUGCAUCCACUGUGCUCACUAACCCUCCUCCAGCUCCUACCCUCACCAUACCAACACCUCCUAUUGGCACUUCCCCUGCAGUUGCCAUGCUACCUCCCCCAAAGAUCCCCCAACCCCAAUCUGGAAAUUCUGGAAGUCAAUGUCAGCAGAUUUUGGCCACAUAUAUGCUAUUGUCUCCCUCCUCUAAGGCUUCUGUUGACACUUUCAUUGAUGCUGAGUACAAUCACUUGUCUGCUUCUCACUGGUCUAUAGUCAAACUUGCCCUUUGCUUUGAUUUGGAUGAGCAAGCUCCAGUUGUCACUCCUGAUGGCAAUACCAUAUCCAUUUCCAGUCUUAUCAAUGAUUUGGCAGAUGCAGGAUAUCAUGUCCCACUCUCACUCUUCACCCUAUGA